CUUAUUAAACAUUAUUCUAUUUAUCAUUACAAAUAAUUCAUGUUUUUUUGGUAUAACAAGAAAUAUUAUAUUAUUGUUUUAAAGUUUAAUGUUAAUGAAGUUCCACAAUCUAAAUUGCUGAUAAUCUUAUGUAUUUAAAUUUACUUACUUAUCACAACUGACGUAUAGUGUUUAUAAAUGUUUAUGGAUUAAAAUAAUUACCUGCUAUUUACUAACCUAACUCUCAGUUCAAAGUGCAAAGUGUAAGUAAGUAAACUUCAUAGACAUCAGGUGACAGUUUACAAAUAUCAUUUGAAGGGGGUUCUCCUUGUAAUUAUUGUCUAUAUUUUAAUUUAGUAAUUAAUCUUAUCAUGGUAAAUGGAACAUCUUAAAACAGUACUAUGUUAGCUCACAAAUUUUGUUGUUUAGUGCAGUAAUGUACAACAAACUUUAUACUGUAGCAGUUGCUGUUAUUAUUCUAUCAAUUACAAUAGCAUAUUUAAUGAAAAUGAAAAGUCAUGUAUCAGAUUCAAUGGCUGCCAAUGGAUUAUUGUUUGUGUCAAGUGCUGCGAAAACAUAUAAUUUCUGUUUAAAAUCAUCAAGAUUUGUAAAAAAUAUACUGUACAUAAAAUAUUUGGAUGGAAAGGAGAAUGCUCUAUCUGUUUUAAAUAAGCAGAUAGUAAAUAUUUAUUCUAAGGCUGCAGUACAAACUUCAAAUAUAGAUGUAAGAUUAUUGCUCAAACCUAUAGAAGAUAAACAGAAAAUCAAAACAAAUCAUGCUAUUGACUUAAUAUUAUAUGAAAGUAGUUUAGAUAAAAAUCUAGAAGGACUGAAACAAGCUGUAUCAAAUUUGAAUAAGGACCAUCAAACAUUAAUGAUUGAUAGUGACAAUAAUGGUGAAUGUUCCGACAGUCAGUCUGUAAAAACUUAUGACUACGUAGCGUUGGGUGGGACAUUUGAUAGGCUUCACAAUGGACACAAAAUACUUUUGUCCCAAGCAGCUUUAAGGGCAAAGAAGCAUGUCACAGUUGGAGUUACUGAUGUAAAUAUGAUUAAAACUAAGUUAUUAUGGGAGCUUAUAGAACCUGUUGAAAAAAGAAUUACAGCAGUCCGUGAUUUUCUAACUGACAUAAAUCCAGAUUUAGAAUACAAUGUCCUCCCAAUCCAGGAUAUGUAUGGACCAACUAAGGAUGAUCCUAAGAUUCAAUUAAUCGUAGUGAGCGAAGAAACAGCACGCGCGGUAGGUAAGAUAAAUGAUAAGCGGAAAGAGAAUAGCUUGCAACCGUUAGACGAAUACAUUAUAGGUCUUGCACAAGAUGAUAUGCGUUCUUUGGAGGAGGAGGCUAAAUUGAGUUCUAGUAACCAAAGGAGAAGACUUCUUGGUACUAUGUUGAGACCGCCACAGCCAAAUCCGAAUAUUCCUAAAACACCAUAUGUGAUUGGUCUCACUGGAGGUAUUGCGAGUGGAAAAAGUAAUAUUACGGAAAAACUAAAGUUAAAAGGUGCUGCCGUAGUAAAUUGCGAUUUAAUCGCACACGAUUUGUACAAACCAGGCCUGCCAUUGAAUAGAACGUUAGCAGAGACGUUUGGGAGUGAUAUCAUCACUCCAGAUGGGGAGGUGGACAGGAGGAAACUGGGCCAGAUUGUAUUUAGUGAUAAGAGUCAAUUAGAAAGACUGAACCAGACAGUAUGGCCAGCGAUUAUAGAGGAAGCAAGGAAUAGGAUAAGAAUACUCGGGGAACAGGGUUACAAGGUGGUGGUGAUGGAAGCUGCAGUCAUGGUUCGCGCCAAGUGGUACGAGUACUGUCACCAAUUGUGGGCUGUUAUUAUACCACCAGAGGAGGCAAUAAAACGACUGCAAGUGAGAAACAAUCAAACGGAAGAAGAAGCUAAGCAACGCGUGGACGCGCAGCCAACGAACUCUGAACAGAUUGCAAUGGCCAAUAUUGUUUUUAGCCCGUACUGGAGUUAUGAGUACACCCAACAGCAAAUAGAUCGCGCUUGGGAAAAUUUACAACCGUAUCUUAGGGAAUAACGUUUACGGUUAUAUUUUUAAGCUAUUGCAUAGCUUCUAUCGCGGGCCUUGAGCGCGGGGACCGAAUCGAGAAAUUCCGUAACGAAAAAAACCUCACGCUCCCCACUCCGACGGGCGGAGGUGUGGCUUGAAGGCAUAGCAUGCAAUAGCUUUACCGCGGCAGUCCCCGAGUGCCACACGUCUUUUUUUUAUAUAUAUAUUUAACUUCUUUAAGAAACUAUUGGUUUUGGUAGCAGUCAUAACUGAACAUAUUUUCAUUACUAUUUUAUAUUUUAGCACCGUCUGUCGAGGUGUGGUAGUGGUUUUAUUAAAUAAUUAAUUAUUA